AUGUCUGAAACGGCUCCAAAAAAUGCGGACAAAAAGGCUCGGGUGUUCAACCUUGAAGAAAUGAUGGCAGAAACUUUGAGGAACGCUCCAAAAAAUGAAGAAACCGAUCAUGGCUCAUAUACAGCGCCAAAUAUUCCAAGCAGUUCUUCACAAGCAUCGGAAUCCGGUCAUUCUUCAUCAGCUGCACAAUCAGAUGACGAUGAUUUCAUGCCAAUGCUACCACCAGGAUUUAAAAACAAACCAGAUGAUGCUGCGGCAACUAAAGAUGAUGAAGAAUUAAGUGAUGACAGUGAUUUUGACGAAAAUGAAGCAAUUUCUACGAUAAAGUUAAUACCUGCAGCUUGUGAAGCUAAUAUUACACACGGAAAUAUUGCGGUAUCAGCGUUACGAGUUGAGCCAGCGGGUGUGCGGUUUGCCAGUGGUGGUCUUGACUAUUACGUAAAACUAUUCGAUUUUCAAAAAAUGGACAUGUCGAUGAGAUGUGAUAAAGAAUUGCUACCGGCUGAAAGUCAUAUCAUCAAUUCGUUAGCGUUUUCCGCAAAUGGUGAAACUUUGGUGGUGGCCAGUGGAGAAUGUAUUAUCAGAUUACUGGACAGAGCUGGAAAACAGUGGUCCGAAACUGUUCGAGGAGAUCAAUAUCUUGUGGAUUUGAAUAUCACCAAAGGGCACACAGCAACUGUAAAUUGCGUAGAAUUCAAUCCAUUGAAUAAAAACGAGUUUUUAUCAUGCAGUGAUGAUGGAAGCCUUCGAAUUUGGAAUCUCGAAGAUCACAAAGUGAUCACGAAAUGUAUUAAUAAACACAGAAAAGUAAUUAAAACAAAAGGAGCGCAAGGAAAACGUGUGAGCCCGCAAGUUUGUGCAUAUUCACCAGAUGGGAAAUGGAUAGCUGCUGGUUGCGAUGACGGAUCGAUUCAAGCCUGGAAAUAUGGCUCGCAAUACGUGAAUGUAAAUUAUCUUGUAAGAAAAGCGCACAAUGGUUCAAUUACUUCAAUCGCUUUUUCGCCAGAUUCCCGACGUAUUCUGACGCGUGGAUUUGAUGAUACUUUGAAAAUGUGGAGUCUUGAUAAUAAUAAGGAGCCCUUAUUGGUGAAGACUGGUUUGGAAAAUGGAUUCAAAAGCACGGAUUGCGGCUUUUCACCGCGCGCUGAACUUGUGUUCACUGGAACAUCGUCGCCACAUAAAGAUGUGCCAGGAUCUUUGAUGUUUUUUGAUCCACAGACUUUCGAACUUGUCUACAAAAUUGAUUAUCCAGGCGUGUCUUGCCAUCGUAUUCAAUGGCAUCCUCGACUAAAUCAGAUAGUCGUUGGGUUGUCGGACGGUUCGGUUCGUGUCUAUUAUGAUCAGAAUAUUUCACAACGUGGUGUUAUGUCGUGCGUGACUAAGCCAAUCAAACGCAAUCGGGCUUCUGAAGUGGUACGAGAGGAUAUGAUUCUAUCACCUCUCAGUCUUGAAAUGUUCCAACCGCGUGGUGAAGAAGGUGAAGAGAAGGAAGUGACGGCAUGGAGGCUCAAGAAAUACUUGCGGAUGCAGGAUAACAAACUUCGGCCGGAAUUCCGAAAGCCAGCUGAUAUGCCGAUCAAUGGAAAGAGUGCUAAUGGAAGAGUUGCUGCAAGUGGGGGAAGUCUUCACUCGUAUCUCGCCAAACAAAUCGGAACCGCACGUAAUGCUGAGUUUCUACGAGAUCAGGACGUUCGUGCGAGUAUUCUCAAGCAUGCCAAAGAGGCCGAAGAGAACCCAUUGUAUAUUGAUAAGGCUUAUCGCAAGAAUCAGCCAAAGAAAAUUUUUCAAGAAGUUACUGCAGAAGAACAAGAAGAGGAGGAGCUGCAGCCAACAAUGAGCUACACAACACUUGUCGAAGCGCAGAGAAACUAUUUCCGGACGGGAGCGACGAAGCCGGUGAAAUUCCGAAAGCAGCAACUUUUGCGGCUCAAGAAAAUGAUUGAGGAGAAUCGCGAGCAGCUUUGCGAUGCGGUUUGGAAGGAUUUGAGACGUCGUCAUGAGGCCACAGAAUCGGUGGAAAUUGGAAUGUUGCUUCAGGAAAUCGACUAUUUCCUCAAGAAUAUUGAUACCUGGAGCAGCGCGACUAAAGUUGAAAAGACAUUCACAACUGCUCUCGACAAGCCGGUUAUUGAGAAGGACCCGAAAGGCGUUGUUCUAAUCAUUUCGCCAUGGAAUUAUCCUGUCUCGAUGGCCCUUCUUCCAUUGAUUGCUAUAUUGGCUGCUGGCAACACAUCGAUCAUCAAACCGUCGGAGGUCUCCGAGCACACUGCGGAAUGCCUCAACGAGAUUGUUCCAAAAUAUUUUGAAUCGAAUUACUUGACUGUUGUCACUGGAGGUAUUCCAGAAUCCACAGAACUUCUCAAGGAGCGUUAUGAUCACAUUAUGUAUACUGGAUGUCCACCAGUCGCUAAGAUCAUUAUGGCCGCCGCCGCUAAGCACCUCACGCCAGUCACAUUAGAAUUGGGAGGAAAAUGCCCGGUUGUGGUUGAAGCUGAUGCCGACAUCGAUAUUUCCGCAAAGCGUGUCGCUUGGGGAAAGUGGAUGAAUUGUGGACAGACUUGUCUGGCUCCAGAUUACGUCCUGGUGAACUCGUCGGUUAAGGAUAAGUUUGUUGAAUCAAUGAAGAAAUACAUUCGCGAAUUCUACGGCGACGACAUUCAGGCUAGCAAGGAUUAUGCCAGAAUUAUCAAUGAGAGACACUUUGACCGAAUCUCGAAACUUCUCGAUGAAUCCAAUGGGAAGGCGUUGCUUGACGGGAAACGCGAUCGCGCCGAUCGCUUCAUUCCUCCAACCAUUCUCGACGUCCAACUUGACGAUGCGUUCAUGAAGGAUGAGAUCUUCGGCCCAGUUCUUCCAAUCAUCACCGUGUCCAACAUUUCGGAGGCGAUUUCGAUUAUAAACGACGGCGAGAAGCCAUUGGCCGCUUACAUUUUCACGAGAAAUGAGGCGAAAGUGAAUCGUUUGCUGAAUGAGACCAGCAGCGGCGGAGUUACCGUGAAUGACGUUAUAAUGCAUAUGACAGUUGACACUCUACCAUUUGGUGGAAUCGGCACUUCGGGAAUGGGACGCUAUAGAGGAAAGUUUGGAUUCGACACGUUCACUCAUGAAAAAGCCGUUCUUCAUCGUGGAUUCUUUGGUGAAACGCUUUUGGCGGCUCGUUAUCCGCCGUUGACGCAAGAGAAGCUCAACAACCUUCGACGCUUGACAGGCACCAGAAUUUCGUUGAAUUUCGCCAAUUGCAUCACCCUUCCCGCCAUUUUGGUGUCAUUCGUCUUUGGAAUGAUCGCGCAGAAGUACACAAGAGCUCUUCCGUGA